GUCAAGUGUCAAAACAAACAUUUCCAGAAAUUUAAUUAAUUUAAAUCAGAAAUUUUCCAAAAUCUAGCAUUAAUACGGUAAAAAUGAACGAUAAUGACGAAGAUCAGAGAACAGUGUGGUGUGGAAACCUUUCGGAAAAGAUAACCGAGGAUAUCCUGUAUGAACUGUUUCUUCAAGCGGCACCACUCGAGAAAGUUAAAAUUCCAAAGGAUAAGACCGGGAGGUAUACUAGUUACGGUUUUGUCACAUUUAAGCAUUUGUGUUCCGUACCGUACGCGAUCGACUUACUCAACGGUAUAUCCCUGUACGAUAAGCGAAUCAACGUUAAACCGAGACUUGCUAAUGCACGGCAAAAUUUAAAUUUCGUUCAAGCUGCACCGUUACUUAACAUUCCACCAAUUGUUGUGCUUAAUAACGGCUAUCGGGGGACAGACGGUGUGCCCGAUGUUAAUUUAUUAAUGUCACUCGGCGAGCAAUUGUUACCGAACACUCAAAACCAUUUCGGUAAUAACUACAACAUGGAUCGGUCUAACAAUUGGCGAGAUUCAAAUUAUCGCAGUAAUCGUAGAGAGAAGCACAGACCUUACAGAAGACACGGUAAUUACUACCAACACGAUGACAGAUAUCAUUCAAAUCGUUAAUAUAGGUUUAAGGGAGUAUUAAUUGUGAAUACACUUUCUUAUAUUGCAAUAUAUAGGCUGCCAAUGUAUCAUUUUCAAUUUCUUGUAAUAAAAAUUAAGUCUCCACGUU